AUGGCUAAAGAAAAAAUCCAACAAUCCAUUUCCAAAGAGGUAAAAGCGAAACGAAUGUUCGGCCCUUUUACACACGAACAAGUAGCCAGACGUUUUCCAUUUUUCCGGACCAGCCCUCUAGGAUCCGUGGUUAACGCAGACAGAAAGAUGAGACCUAUUAAUGACUUGUCAUCUCCAAAAAGAGACGACUCCAUCCCGUCAGUCAAUUCGUUUGUUGACAAGGCCGACUUCAAGACAACUUGGGAUGAUUUCAACAUCGUCGCAGAUUUCUUCCGGAAAACCCAGGGACCGUUUCAGCUAGGACUUUUCGACUGGGAAAAAGCUUAUAGACAGAUUCCGACUAGGAUGGAUCAGUGGCCCUUUCUGAUGGUCCAAGAUUUAGAAAAUAAUUUAUUCCUAGACACCCGCAUCACAUUCGGCGGUGUAGCCGGAUGUGGUUCUUUUGGAGUUCCCGCUGACGCGUGGAAAAGGAUAAUGUCUCACGAGUUAGACGUCGUACACUUUUUCCGGUGGGUGGACGACAACCUUUUCAUAAAAACGCGGUCCUCUAGCGCCUCGAUUACCGAUUUAGUACGCAGGUUGCAAGAACUAGGCGUACUGACAAACAUGGAUAAAUGCUCAGAAUUCGCAGAUGAACAGAAAUUUAUCGGUUUCAUCUGGAAUGGAGUAGAUUCAACCGUUCGAUUGACAACAAAGAAGUUAGGUGAGAGGCGAGACCAAAUCGGCGAAUUCUUGAUUCCAAAGAAGGAAUUCAAAUUCAACAAAGCUGAAGUUUUAGCCGGAAGACUCAACCACGUCUCAUAUCUGUUACCUCAGCUUAGAGCCUACAUCAGAGGUGUAUAUCGCUGGAUUAACGAGUGGAAGAAAAAGAUGGCAACGCGAUCUCUGCCAGAAGACGUGAAGAACUAUUUGGAAUUCUGGCUACACACGCUUUUGAUUUUCAAAAAUACAAGGCUGAUUCGGUCGAUGGAACCGAGUGAAAUCCUGUGGGUCGGCGACGCGUCCACAAGCUUCGGCAUUGGAAUCCUCAUUGGACACAGAUGGUGCCAAUUCAGGUUGAAAGAAAACUGGAGGGUAGGUGUACAUGCAAAGGGCAUAGCCUGGCUGGAAACUGUAGCCAUUAGGUUAGGAUUGUUGAUGACAAUCAAAUUAGGUAUCGCAUCGAAAGGGUCCAAUUACAUCGUAUGGACAGACAAUACAGUGACAGAAGCGGUGCUUAAUACGAAGAAAUCGAAAGACACUUCGGUAAACGAAGAGUGGAAGGUCAUACAUGCCCUCCUCAUUAAACACGAACUGGACCUCACCCCGAGACGGGUAGUCUCAAAGGAUAACAUGGCAGACACCUUAUCCAGGGGCAUUCAGACCCCUCAUGUUAAUGAGACCCGGGUACGGCUAAACUUGCCCCCUGAUCUAGUAUCUACAAUGUUCCACGCAUGA